GUUGCAGAGAGAUGGUUUCAUCAACAACUCCUUCAAAGGAAGUAAGUUAUGAGGAAGAAUGGCAGAAAGAAGGUCCCCCUCGUCGCGCCAAGUGGUGGUACUCAACUUUCCAUACUGUCACAGCCAUGGUUGGUGCAGGUGUUCUUAGCUUGCCUUAUGCCAUGGCCUACUUAGGAUGGGGACCAGGAACAAUAGUACUAAUAUUAUCAUGGUGCAUCACCUUAUACACAAUAUGGCAGAUGAUACAACUACAUGAAUGUGUUCCGGGAACUCGAUUCGAUCGAUACCAUGAACUCAGUCGACAUGCUUUCGGUCCUAAACUUGGUCCAUGGAUUGUUCUUCCACAGCAACUCAUAGUUCAAGUAGGGUGUGACAUUGUGUAUAUGGUCACUGGGGGAAAAUGCUUAAAGAAGUUCAUGGAGAUUGCUUGCACUAAUUGUACUAGACUUAGACAAUCUUACUGGAUUUGCAUCUUUGGUUCCAUCCAUUUCCUAUUAUCUCAACUCCCUAAUUUUAAUUCCGUCGCCGGAGUUUCCUUAGCCGCCGCCGUCAUGUCACUGAGUUAUUCUACAAUAUCUUGGGUUGGUUGUUUAAUGAGAAAACCAAUAGAGAAUGUGAGCUAUGGAUACAAGAAUACCAAUCCUGUUGAUUAUAUGUUUCGUGUGUUUAAUGCACUGGGACAGAUCUCAUUUGCAUUUGCAGGUCAUGCUGUUGUUCUUGAGAUUCAAGCAACAAUUCCUUCUACACCUGAGAAACCAUCAAAGAUUCCAAUGUGGAGGGGUGCAGUUUUGGCUUAUUUUAUUACAGCAAUUUGCUAUUUCCCCACAGCUCUUAUUGGUUAUUAUACUUUUGGAAGAGAUGUUGAAGAUAAUCUACUAAUUGCCCUUAGGCAGCCAGAGUGGCUAAUUGCUUCUGCUAAUUUGAUGGUGGUCAUUCAUGUUAUUGGUAGCUACCAGGUCUAUGCCAUGCCAGUGUUCGACAUACUUGAAAAGACAAUAAUGAAAGAAUUCCACUUCCCUCCGGGAGUUGCACUCCGACUCGUUAUUCGAACCAUUUAUGUUGCUUUCACUCUAUUUGUUGGUGUAACCUUCCCUUUCUUUGGUGAUCUUCUUGGUUUCUUUGGAGGAUUCGGUUUUGCUCCCACAACUUAUUUUCUUCCAUGCGUUAUGUGGCUGGCCAUCAAGAAACCUAAGAGAUUCAGUGUUUCAUGGCUAAUGAAUUGGGGUUGCAUAAUUUUGGGUAUGUUCAUCAUGUUUGCAUCUACAAUUGGUGGACUGAGGAAUAUAAUCAUUGAUUCCUCCUCAUAUCGCUUCUACUCAUGAAUAAUAAUAACAGCUAUUUA